AUGGUGAGAGUUAGUGUUUUGAAUGAUGCUCUUAAGAGCAUGUACAACGCAGAGAAGCGCGGGAAGCGCCAGGUCAUGAUCAGACCUUCCUCGAAAGUGAUCAUCAAGUUCCUUCUUGUCAUGCAAAAGCAUGGAUACAUUGGCGAGUUUGAAUAUGUUGAUGAUCACAGGGCUGGUAAAAUUGUCGUCGAGUUGAAUGGGAGGCUAAACAAGUGUGGUGUCAUCAGUCCUCGUUUUGACGUCGGUGUCAAGGAGAUUGAAGGCUGGACUGCUAGGUUGCUUCCAUCCAGACAGUUUGGAUUCAUUGUGCUGACGACUUCUGCUGGAAUCAUGGAUCACGAAGAGGCAAGGAGGAAGAAUGUCGGUGGCAAAGUUCUUGGUUUCUUUUACUAG